AUGCAUCGUCUUCGUAAAGGAAAGAAGAAGGAAGAUGAAGAGGGUGUCCCUCCAGUUCCUCAGCCAACUCCCACUACAAGUCACAAUCCUUUCAAGUGGGGGAGAACCCCAGAGCCUCCUCCAAAACCUCAGCUUGACCUUGAACAUGCGCUGCCUGCUUCGGAUGACUUUCGGACUUCCUUAUUGAUGCCGAACUUAGCACAGCGUUUCAGUAUCUUACAACAGGAAAUGGCCGCUGCUGCUGCGGCAGCAGCAGCUAAUGGAGGAGUGAACCCCAAUGCACCGAUUGGGACCGCAAGUGAUGGAAUGGACGGCUUUGUCUUUACAAAUCCACCGCAAUUCACACCCAUGGGUGAAAUCACCGAAACAUCAUCCAUCGCCGAGGCAACGUCAGCUCAGCAGAAUCGUUUAACUACAAAGUCGGAAGAAUCUGUAGGUUCAGAUGAGUCCGGUGGCAUCAUGAAUCGUUCCAGAGGUGGAGAGGGAAAUGUCCUCUUUGGAGGAAGGCAGAAAGUGUAUCGGGUACCAAAUGCCUAUACUAGUGGGAAGGACUCUAUGGAUGAUUCAAAUCCAGGGUCCUCUAUGGGCGGAAGAUCUGUUGGAAGCCACGACGUUCCGGAGGGAUUUGGAAUGCCGAAGCAUAGAAGAGAGCAGCACGAAUCAGAGGAGGCCAAUGGAGGUGAUGAUUAUAACAAAAACAGAAACACAAGCUCCUCUACGGGCUCCGCUCCUACCACCAUUACUCGUUCUUCGACUGCUGCGACAUCUGUAUCAUCCAAUAGGAGCCCAUCUGGGACCACUCAAGCUUCAGCAUCGGCCUCCCCCCCUCCUGUGGCUCCUGUUGCGACCAAACCUCGUAAAGCGCUAUAUGAACAAGCCUUGGACCAACAGUUACAGGACCAGCAAACGACAGCAGUUGGAAGGCUAGAGAGGUUGGCUUCCCUGCGAAAGGCAGCUGUUAGCCCGCCUCCAGCGAACAGCUACCAGGGAAGCUUCAGUCCCCCAGGGCUUUUCCAGCAGUCAAAUACCUCGCCCUCGUCGCCAACAUCCCCAAAACAAACCCCUCAGUGGUCCGUCAAUGUCAAGAGGAGCCCGGAUUCCCCGAUGUCUACACCAGAGGAGGAUGAGGAUGAACAAGAUAAUGAAGAAACUGUAAAACAGGGGCAAAAACUUGGGCAAUCACUGUCACCGCACAUGGCACAGUUCAACUUUGGGUUAGAACCCAGGUCGCAAUCACCAAUUAGCCCUCCGGUAUCUGCCAGUGCAAUUCAAUUUCCUACACAGGGACCUUUCAGUCCUGGAAUUCUCUCGAGAGACCAACCGCAAAGAAAUCCGAGCUCUGAUAAGCUGAACUUACAAAUCAGGGCUCCUUCGCCAAUGAGUGAUAGCAACGACCAGUAUGGACAGAAAGGUUCAAAAACAUUUUUGUCUAUGCGGAGCUCGGCGAGUGAUUCGAGUUAUGACGAUCAAGAGGAGAGUGACAGGGCAGAUGGUAAGACCAGUCCUAUUUCUCGAAAUUCUUUGGACAAUAUUGCGCCUCUACACCCGCGUAAGAACUUUGGAGCACAUCCAACGGAUUCCGAAUAUGUAGAAGUAGAGCCGCCAUCUCCAGUGUCUCCAGUUUCCCCCAUCUCGCCAAUUUUUAGCACAAGGAUUUCAGAUGACUUCAUGCGUCCCAGCCAACCGCUCCGCAAUCCAGCAAUCUCGCCCACUUCGCCCAAAUUUUCGGCCGAUGUGCAGCCAUCAUCUGAGGAUGACUCGCCAACCCUUCCACCGGGUCAAGGUCUUAGUAUGCUCGUUCGCCAGCAUCUUCGUACGGAUUCUGGUCAUUCUUCGGUAUAUGCAGGGUCUACAUACACACGCAUGUCACGUGUUUCAAACUAUGGCCCGGGGGCGGCAGCAGCUAAGAACUCCAAAGAACCCGAUGCACCAAGGCCUAGUGCUACUUCUGGGAGUAGUGGGGGGGACCUUUGGGAGUUUGAUGAUUGGGAUGGUGGUUACUUUGGAGAAGAUGAUGGCCCGCGCAUGAGGGGGUCGAGCCCAUCGACUAUCAGUGACAACCCACCAACGCCUGCAGUCCCGCAAAAAGACUCAGCCAGGACAAGGUCUGAUGAAAGAAGAGAUGACGAAGACUUAGCCAGAGAAAGAGAGAGGUCUAGAGGGAGGGCAGAUAGUAGGACGAGUGAGAGGGAUAGGGCUAUGAGCAGAGCGAGUGAACGGGAUAGGGAUAGUCCUGCGGGAGAGGAUGACAACGAUAAGGAUUGGGAGCAGCAGUUGGCUUUUAGACGCCAAAUAAUUCAGCAGAACCUUAGAAAUCACGAAAAGGUCAACAGCCAACAUGAGCUGGAUUUCCCGCCUGACAUGAAAGCUCAACAAGGGAAAAAUGGCGGAUCUGGCGGUGGAUUUGGUGUCCUCAGAUCGAAGGGUUCCAAUGGGAUAAUCUCCAAGAACGAUCCUUCGAGAAGUGGUCGUGAUUCCCCUGGCCCUGGGAUGCGAAAGGAGGGAAGUCGGAGCAGGAUGAAUAGCAGUGAGACCGAGAGAAGAACCGAAGAGGAAAGACGGCUCAGGGAAACUGUCAGAGGACCAAAGAACAUUCCUCCCGGGGGGUAUCCGACGCAACAACAUCCACCACACUCUCACCAUCAUAUUCCUCCUCCUAACCCUGCACGUUUGAACACAAACUUGCAAAACGAGAACCGCCCCAAGCCACGAUCGCCCGUGGGUCUCCCGCACCCCCUCCAUUCACCUAUUAUUACCCCCAGACCCAGGCAAAGGUCAACCCGUGACCAAAGGAACGAUGCACACAGUAACGGUGAGCAGAAUACUAGGAGAGGGCAGCCGAUGGGAUGGAGAGAUGACGGAGAGGGUUAUGCUCAGCCAAGGUCGGCGCCUGGUACUCAACCCGGUAGCCCGGUCUCGCAAAGGGAUGGUCAUCAUGGUAUACGUAAACAACCUAGUAUGCCACGGAUGGGCGGUCCAGAUAUGCAUAGACCAGGCCAAGGGCAAAACAGAGACCAGGAACCGAGACGCCAUGGAGGUCCACCACCUGGACCUGGAAUGAACAAUGGCCACAUGAACCAUGGACCAAUGGGUAACGGUUUACAGAAAAAGCAGUCCUUUGACAGGGACGGGCAGCCACAUGGAUCUGAGUUCAGACGGCCCAGGGGAAACAGCAAUGCUUCAUCGGGACCAACAAUGAGACAAAGGAGGGGAACUUUUGAUAAUACACCUCUACCACCAUUAAACACAUCAGCACUCUCGCCUCCUACCCAACACCUUCAAGCAUCAUCUACACCAAACUCUGCGAUAACUAUGGAUCAUUCGCCUGCGUUUUCCCAGGCGACCCAGACUCCAAGUAGUAGUGCCAACACUACUCCGGCAUCUGCUAUCUCAUCAAAGUCUCCUCCGGCUGCUCUAAUCCAAAGCAUUGCAAACUCCAACGCUGGAUUUGCCCCGGCCAAGAAGCGGGUUGUCGAUAAGAGUAAAAUUGGUGAUCCCAAACUCAUCUCUUCAACAUCCAACAUCCCUACUGUUGAUCUUCCAACCCAGACUAGCCCUGCUUUGGGUAGUGCGAAGGAAAAGGACGGCCGUAAAAGGCGCAUGACUGAGACCAGAAGCAUAUUCUCAGGCUUUGGCAGGAACAAGUCUUCCGAGGAAGUUCCUGCGCUACCAACAGGGAGCCCUAUGAUGCCGCGUCACCACACUGAUGAUGAGGUUGAGCGUUCUUCCUUCACUGAUGACCCGCCACCAAAGGCAAAGAAGACUGGAGGCAAGCUCCGAAAGUCUACUAGCGAUGGUGGGGCACUCAGUGCGCGUGCCAGGAAGGAAGCUUUGGCGAGAAGUCCAACUGUCCCCAAGCUUCCCAAGGGUAUGGAGGCCUCUGGUGGCGCACCUGCAGGCAUGAUUUAG